AUGGGCCGACGAUAUAAAGGGCUGGACUACCGGCGGCUGGCUUCGUCGCCUCCUCCCGACAGCGAUGCAGCCCCCUCUUCAGCCUCUUCAGCCUCUUCAACGGCAGCAAUGGCGCAACCAGAAGAGCAGCGAGCAGACGAGGUGCUGGUGAUGGACGAGGCAACGGCCAAGCAGGUGGUGCGGCGGAUUGACUGGGUUCUGAUCCCGCUUCUGUUCACGACGUACAUGCUGAGCUUCAUGGACAAGACGAUCCUGUCGAGCGCAUCGGUCUUUGGGCUGCGCGAGGACAACCACCUGACGACGGAACAAUACAGCUGGGUGUCGUCGAUAUUCUACUUUGGCUAUCUCGGCUGGCAGUAUCCGAAUGCGCUACUGGUGCCACGGCUGCCAGUGGGACGGUACCUGGCCGUGGUGACUCUGGUCUGGGGGGUGGUGGUGUCGCUGACGGCAGCCUGCUCGAGCUACGGUGGCCUUCUAGCGGUGCGAUUCCUGCUGGGCGUGGCAGAGGCGAGCAUUACGCCGGCAUUUAUGUUCCUGACGACGACGUGGUACACACGCGAUGAGAUGCCGACACGGACGGGCAUCUGGUUUGCGGGCAACUCAGUCGGCGGCAUGGUGGCGUCGCUGCUGGCCUUUGGCGUUGGCCACAUCAGCGAGGACAACGUCGUGGGGCCGUGGCGCAGCACGUAUCUCAUCCUGGGGCUGGCGACGUUUGUGUGGGCGUUUGUGCUGGGCGGCCUGCUGCCGGCCUUUGGCAACAUUGCGACGGCGCCGCGUUGGCUGCUGCGCACACUGGCCGAGCGGCAGUUUGCGGCAGCACGCGUCGUGGUCGCUGGCACCGGAAACACGGCACAGACGCGCUGGCAGCGCGCGCAGCUGGUCGAGUGUCUGGUCGACCCCAAGACCUGGCUGCUGUUCGCGCUGCAGCUGCUGACUCAGAUUCCAAACGGCGGGACCCAGAAUUUUGCCAACUUAGUCAUCAAGUCCUUUGGCUUCACCAGCCUGCAGAGCACGCUCAUCAACAUCCCGUACUCGCUGCUCUCAGCCGCGGCCAUUUCCGGAUCGGGCUGGCUUGCCGGACGGUACCGCCAGGUCAACUGCCUGCUCAUCAUCGCCGUCGUGCUGCCCUGCAUCGUCGGCAGCGCCCUCAUCUACACGCGCAACCACCACCACAACAAGGGCGCCCAGCUGUUUGGCUACUUUCUGCUCUGCACCGGCUCCUCGGCCAUGCCGCUCGGCCUCUCGCUCGUCCAGGCCAACACCCGUGGCGUCACCAAGAAGAUGACCACUACCGCCCUGCUCAUGCUGGCCUACUGUGCCGGCAACAUUGCCGGACCUCACUUCUUCAAGGCCGCAGAGAAGCCGACAUACAACACCGCCUUCCGCGCCAUUCUCGUCUGUUAUUGUCUCGCCAUGCUGACGGCUGUCUGCCUGCGCGGCUACCUGCAGUGGGAGAAUGCGCGGCGGACCCGCCGCGAGGGCUUUGUCGGCAGCUCUGGCACCGCUGGCAUUGUCGGCGUCGGUGGAAAGACGAUCGAUGUCGACGGCGUCAACAAGAACGCGACUGCGGCCGUCAGCGGCGUCGAGCUGCAGUCGGCUGACUACGAGGACGUAACCGACUGGGAGAUUGCCGGUUUCCGGUAUCGGUUACUAUGCCUAUUCCCGCAGUCGUCAGGCCACUUCAACCCCGCACUAAUCCGGCUGCUGUCGUCUUGUUCUCAGCUCUCAACUCUUGCCUUCACAUACAACACCACAUCUGGUCUCGCCUCAAGUACAAUCACAAUGAGAGCCGCACGCUACUACGGAAAGGAGGAUAUCCGCAUUGAGCAGGUUCCCGAGCCGUCUAUCCGGCCAGGGCAGAUCAAGAUUGCCCCUGCCUUUGUCGGCAUCUGCGGCACCGACCUGCACGAGUUUCUCGGCGGUCCCAACUUCUGCCCGGAGAAGCCGCACGGAGUCACGGGCGAGACCAUUCCCGUCACUCUCGGCCACGAAUUUUCGGGCGUCAUCACCGAGAUUGGCCCCAACAUCGACCCAGCCAGCAUCGGUGACCGCCACUUCGAGGUCGGCCAGCGUGUGGCCGUGCAGCCAACCAUCUUCUGUGGCCAUUGUGCUGCCUGUGCCACCGGUGCGGCCAAUGUCUGCCACGACGGCGGUUUCGUCGGCCUCAGUGGCGGUGGUGGCGGGCUCAGCGAAGCCGUCUGCGUGUCCGCCACCCACGUCUUCCCGCUUCCAGACAAUCUGAGCCUCGAGGAGGGCGCCCUGGUCGAGCCGCUCUCAGUGUCCUGGCACGCCGUUUCAGCUGCUCCCGAGAUCGGCCCAGAGUCUGUCGUUCUGGUCCUCGGCGGCGGCCCCAUCGGCCUCGCCGCCGUCCUCUGUCUCAAAGCAAAAGGUGUCAAGACGAUUGUCGUGUCUGAGAUUGCGGCCACACGCCAGGCCUUUGCCGCGCAGUUUGGAGCCGACCGCAUUGUGAACCCGAUCGAGGAAGACGUCGUGCAGGUGGUGCUGGCCCUGAGCGAGGGCAGAGGUGCCGACGCCGUCUUUGAUUGUGCUGGGGUCCCUGCAAGCAUCAAGAGUGCCUGCGAGGCCGUCAAGACUAAAGGCACCGUAGUCAACGUGGCCAUUUGGGAGAAGCCGAUCCUGUUCAAUCCCAACUGGAUCACCUUCAAGGAGAGCUCCUACAAGUCUGUUCUCGGGUACCAGCCCGAGGACUUCAGGGCCGUGAUCGAGAAUCUCCGUACAGGUUCCAUCAAGGCCCGUGGCAUGAUUACUGGCAAGAUUAGGCUCGAGAAUCUUGUGCAAGAGGGCAUCAAGAGGCUUAUCGAGGACAAAGAUAAUCAAGUCAAGAUCUUGGUUGACGUCAAUGCGGUAGCGUCAUAG